AUGAAUUCUGGGUAUGGUGGAAGUGGAUCAGGCAAUGAAGAGACCUCAAACUCUCGGAGGGGAAGGAAACCGACCCAUCAACACUCAAUACAGCAAAUACAACAACUUGAAGCGUUCUUCAAGGAAUGCCCAAAACCAGAUGAGAAUCAGAGGGUACAAUUGAGCAGGGAACUAGCACUUCAACCCAAUCAGAUAAAGUCUUGGUUUCAAAAUAAAAGAACUCAGAUGAAGGCUCGACGUGAGAGAGCAGACAAUGGCACCCUUCGAUCUGAAAAUGAAAGAAUGCGCUGUGAGAAUUUAGCAAUGAAAGAGGCACUGAGUAACAUCAUCUGCGCAACUUGUGUUGCCUCACAUCUUGACGUAGAGGCGAGGCAACGUAAUCUACUGAAAUUAAGAAUGGAAAAUGCCUUAUUGAAAGAAGAGGUGAAGGCAUGUCCAAAGAAGAGUGUUGGGGAGGAGAGUGUAUACCUGACUCAGGAAAGAGAGGGCCCAGGGGAGAUGAAGGCCCAUGCGCGGGAGAGGAACCCAGGUGUGAGGGAAGCCCACUAG